CAUGUGAAUCAUCCUUAGUGUGCUGACGAUUGAGGAUUUCUGGCGACGGUUGACGUGACGUUAGUGUCGAGGAAAAACCACUGAAAAUUACAAUCACCAUCAAUAUUACCGCAUAAGUUUAUUAUUUAAGUAAUAAUAUAAAUAAUUAUUUACAGUAAUUAUAUUUAAUAAACGUCAAUCAACAAAUUUACCAACGCCAGGCUUUAUUUACUAUUUAUUUAGACGUCUCUGUAUUUUUUACGAUAUCAAGGUUACGUUAACCAUACGAACUGUGAUUGUCGUAAGGUAAAAAAACCAGAUACAAAAACAAUGGGAUUGACAGUGAGCAGUUUAUUCACUCGUUUGUUUGGUAAAAGACAAAUGAGAAUACUGAUGGUGGGAUUGGACGCUGCUGGUAAAACGACAAUUUUAUAUAAACUUAAACUCGGUGAAAUAGUAACGACGAUCCCGACAAUUGGUUUCAACGUCGAGACCGUCGAGUACAAGAACAUCUGUUUCACCGUCUGGGACGUUGGUGGCCAGACUAAAAUCCGUCCGCUUUGGAGGCACUACUUCCAGAACACACAGGGACUUAUUUACGUGGUGGACAGUAACGACCGAGAGCGAAUCGCCGAGGCCGAGUGCGAGCUCAACAAUAUGCUUAAAGAAGACGAGCUCAGAGACGCGGUGCUGCUGGUCUUCGCCAACAAACAGGAUCUGCCGAAUGCCAUGUCCGCCGCGGAACUGACUGACAAAUUAGGAUUGAAUUCAUUACGCGGCCGGCACUGGUACAUACAGAGCACUUGCGCUACCCAAGGCCAGGGCCUCUACGAGGGUCUCGACUGGCUCAGCAAUGAACUCGCUAAAAAGUGAUAGGGUAUAGGCGCGAUAAAUCCGCGAGCCGACGCGGUCUCACAUCAUAAUUUAAUGUAAAUCGUAAAAUAAUGUAAUUAAUUAUUAUUAAGGGCUGAUAAAAAAAUAACAAUAAUAAUUACUAUUAAAUUUGUCAUUAAAUUUUUUAUCUGCUGUAUUCUAAUAGAUUUAUCGAUGACGACCAAAGAUAACGAUCUGGUCGCGCAUUUUUCAUUAUUAUUAUUACUAUUAAUUAUUAAUAAACAAAUAAAAUAUAAAAGUAACUUUUGGUACUGAUAAUUACUAGCUUUCAGAACAAUGUGAAAAAAAAAAUAAUAAUUUAAUAAAUUAAACAUUUAAGAAAAAUCAAAAUAUUUAUUUUUUGGAAUUUUGUUUUUAUCAAAAUUUACAUUUUUAAUUUAAUUGAACCAACUAAAAUAAUGAAUUCUUAAUACAAAAUUGUAAUUUCAACUGUCGUAAUUAUUUUUUAUUGAGCGAUUAAUUAGAUAAGAUAAAAAUAAAAUUCCAAAUGAAUCUGAACGAUUAUAAAAAAUUUUUGUUGAUAUAAAAGUGAGUUUUUUUCCUGGUUUAAUAUUUUUUCAUUCCAGGUAUUAAAUAUACAUUUUAUGAUAAAUAUAUUAAUACCAGUAUGCUGCAUUAUUACUUUACUAUUUAAUUGUUUAUUUUAU